GGACACACUUACACGCUUACAUACAGAGAGACAGAGCUGAAUGCAAAUAUGCUGAGAUUUCAGUGUGUGGUCGUGGCCCUGGUCAUGCAUGUAAAAGGUUCCCUUUCCCAGCUCAAUGUUUGUGGUCAUGCACCUUUUAACACCCGUAUUGUGGGUGGACAGAGUGCGUCAGAUGGGACGUGGCCAUGGCAGGUUAGUUUACAGAGUCCUGCUUAUACUGGUGGCCAUUUCUGUGGAGGAUCCCUCAUCAACAAAGACUGGGUCCUGACAGCAGCCCACUGUUUCUCCAGCACCAAGACUUCUGGCCUGACUGUGUAUUUGGGGAAACAGACUCUAAGUGGCUUGAAUCCCAAUCAAAUUGCAAGAGGUGUUAAACAGGUGAUCCUUCACCCCAACUACAACAGUGCAACCCAAGACAAUGACAUUGCCCUUCUGCUUCUGAACUCGUCUGUCACCUUCACGGACUACAUCAUACCAGUGUGCCUGGCAGGUGAAGGCAGCAAUUUUCCACAAGAUACCAAGUGCUGGAUCACAGGCUGGGGAAGCAUUGCAUCUGGAGUGCCACUGCCAUCUCCUGGUGUGCUGCAGGAGGCAAUGGUGUCCACGAUCUAUUCACUGCUUUGUGAUCUUCUACAUGGAUUUGGAUCCAUUACCCCAAAUAUGAUGUGUGCUGGUAAUCUCAGUGGACGCCAGGACACCUGCCAGGGGGAUUCUGGAGGACCCUUGGUGACAAAGCGUGGUGCAGUCUGGAUUCAGGCUGGUAUCACUAGCUGGGGUAAGGGUUGUGGAAAUUCCAGAUUACCUGGUGUGUAUACUCAGGUGUCCCAGUACCAGAAGUGGAUCUCCAGUGUCAUCAACAAAAAUCUACCUGGUUUUAUCAAGUACUAACACAAUGCGAUGACUGGUGACAGUACUGAUGGAUCAGGAGGAUUGAAAGCAUUUCAAUUUAUUAACAGUGUUUAUUAUUUUUCAUGAGAUGUCUAUAUAUUUUACAAUACAGAUCUAUAUAUAUUUUUUACAGUAAUCAGUUUCAUAAAUUAAAAAAAAUAUAUACACAAGGUUUUUUUUUGUAAUUAUGAUGACUGUUGUAAUAAUCAUUUUAAGAUUAGGUUUUUAAAAAUUGCUUCAUGAAGUAUUGUACGUGAUGUACUGACAUUAGCUUGGCUACACUGUAGCUGUUGUUUGCUCUCAUGACUCUGCACUAAACCUUCCGUUAUUUCCUGUGAAGCAUGCAGAUACAGUAUGUAUGGUACCCUGGCUUAUAUUCGGUCAUGGUAGUGCCAAUGGGCACUGAACUACUACUACUGACCAGCAUGUCACAUGUCAGUAAUUACUCUCACCUGUAUCUCGUUAUACUUUAACACCACUAUUUAACUUCUAGUUUUAGGGCGUAUUCACACCUACGUUGUUUGGUCCGGACCAAAUGACCCAAAUUUCCCUUGGUCCGGACCUUUUGGGUUGGUCUGAAUACAAACCACCGAACUCUGGUCCAGACCAAAGGAACCCUGGUGCGGAUCUUUUGAAGGUGUGAAAACAGACCGGACCUAAUCUGACAGUUUUGCUUUUUUGUACCUCGGGAGCUUCCGUCGUUUGUCGAGCAUUAUGGGAAACAGAGUCUUGACACUCCACCGCAAAGUACAAACACUGUUGCGGUUGUCAAGGGUCGUUCAGUCACCAGUGGUAGGCGAGUACAAAAAAUGAGUAGGGGCAAACGUGGGCCGAGGAAGAAACCCGUACCCUUGUGGAUAUAUGGGCAGAUGUCCACAUAUCUGAGCUUUUGGAGAGAACACACAAAAAUGCCGACGUGUUUGCUGUAUUCAGUGAGAAAAUGAAGGAGAAGGGGUUCACGCGCUCCCCAGAACAAUAUCGACUAAAAGUGAAGAAACUCCGUCAGACCUACAUUAAAAUCAGGGACAUUCUUUCAAAAAGUGGCAGUACUAGCGACGCAAAAAAGAAAUUCAUCUAUUGCGUGAAGAGCCAGAACUGUCACAACAUGAUGUGCACUCAUCAGCGCUAUUCUCCGCAGCCGCCUUGCCCUUUGUCGCCGUCAUUGAUAAAUUACUUGUACAACAGCAUAGUAAUCGCACAAUUGUGAAAACAGUAAAAACUGGAAAAAACAUAUAGCUUUGGUGACAUUAAAAAGAAUAACAGCACGGAAAGCCUUCAUGACUACUUUUGAACUUAACGCUUUGUGCGCGUGUCGUCUCUGACCAAUAGCUGAACGACCUCAGGGCGCGUGGCUUUGUUGACAGAUUUUGGUCCGCUUACUAAAAUGUACGGUGUGAAAGCGAACCGCACCAAAAUGAAAAAAUAAAAAAAAACAUUUGGUUCGGACCAAAGCAAGUGAACUAUCAAACUAUCCUGGUCUGAAUACACCCUAAGUAUCUCACUGUCAAGCUUCUGUUGUAAUUGUUAUGUUUGUUGUGUGCACAUGCCACAGUUUUGCUUAUGACCUGUAUGACCUUUGUUUUAUAUCCAAAGUCCAUGUUCAUGAUUCUUGUUUUCAUGUUGUUGAUGAUUUUGCUUGAAUGUCAUGUAAUAAAAUAUCUGCAUUUGCAUCCGC